UCUGCCAUUUUAAACUUUCCAGUUCUACCACCAGGGCCAAUUCAACGUGAAUUGUGUCCUUUUAUUUUUAAUCAAAUAUAAUUUGAAUUAAAAUAAUAAUUAGAAAAAUACAAUUUUAUAAGUAAUUAAUAAAUUAGCAAUCAACAUGAAACCGCUUAUGUUACACGGGCACGAACGUGCCAUAACACAAAUUAAAUAUAACCGAGAAGGUGAUUUACUUUUCUCAUCAUCCAAAGAUCACAAACCCAACGUAUGGUACUCCUUGAAUGGUGAACGUUUGGGAACAUUUAAUGGUCAUAAUGGUGCCGUAUGGUGUAUCGAUGUUAAUUGGGAAACAACUCGAUUUAUGUCCGGUGGUGGUGAUAACCGAUGUCGUGUGUGGGAUUGUCAAACAGGAGUUGAAAUUGGAUGUAUCGUAACAAAAUCGUCAGUGCGUACAUGUAAUUUUAGUUAUUCAGCAAAUAUGGCCGCAUAUUCUACGGAUAAAGCCAUGAAAUAUGAUUGUGAAUUGGAUGUAAUUGAUACACGGAAUGUGGAUGAAUCUACAUUGAAACAGCCACCUAUAUUACGGAUUCCUGUGGAAAAAUCAAAAAUUACAUCGAUGUUGUGGGGAACUUUAGAUGAAGUUAUAAUUACUGGCCAUGAUAAUGGUGACAUUAUUCAAUGGGAUUUACGAAUGGGCAAAGAAGUAAAUUCAGCUUUUAAGGCUCAUCAAGGUAACAUCAAUGACAUGCAAUUAUCCAAAGAUGGUAUUUUCUUCAUAACCGCAUCCAAGGAUACAACAGCCAAAUUAUUCGAUACUGAUUCAUUACAAUGUUUAAAAACCUACAAAACUGAACGACCUGUAAAUUCAGCUGCAUUAAGUCCAAUUCUAGAUCAUGUCGUACUCGGUGGUGGUCAAGAUGCUAUGGAAGUAACAACUACCUCAUCACGUCUUGGUAAAUUCGAUUCAAGAUUUUUCCAUUUAGUAUUUGAAGAAGAAUUUGGUCGUGUUAAAGGACAUUUCGGACCUAUUAACAGUUGUGCAUUCCAUCCAGAUGGUAAAAGUUAUAGUACGGGAGGUGAAGACGGUUAUGUCCGAGUACAUACAUUUGAUCAAUCAUAUUUUGAUUUUGGAUUCGAUUAUUGAAUUUUUUUUAUUUUUUAUUUAAAAGUUUUCUUUUUUUUAAAUGUUUGUAUUUAUACAUAAGAGGUAUGCGGAUCGACCAAUUGUAUGUAAUUUGGAAAUUUUCUUGAAUAAAAAUACAAAUAAAUUAA